AACCCCCGCAUCGAGCGCUUCACCUCAUUGGGGUGGAGGAGAAGGUGGCGGCUGUGUCGUACGCAGUGGCAACAGUAACGAAUAACACGGCUAGUGAAUUGCUGAAUUAUGAAGUAUUUCAGACCCUUAUGUAUGACAUCCUUCUGCCACUCACUUCAUCUUCUUCUAGAUAUUUAAAUUGGACUUUUAAUAUCCAACCAGCUGCUCUUCAGACACACAUGGUGCAUUGUUGCCAUUCCCCGGAUUGCAUCUUUGAAACACAGGCUCUUGGUAACAGUCAGCAAACAAAGAGACAACUUCUAGGAUCUGUUUACAGGGAGGGAGUCGUCCUGACUGCCCUCUAGCGUUUGCUGGAUCUGGAUUUGAAUUCCACCAUGGAGCCUCGCAUGGAGUCCUGCUUGGCACAGGUGUUACAGAAGGAUGUGGGGAAGCGCCUGCAGGUUGGCCAAGAACUUAUAGAUUAUUUCUCAGACAAACAGAAGUCAGCUGACCUGGAGCAUGACCAGACUAUGUUAGAUAAACUUGUGGACGGACUUGCUACCUCUUGGGUGAACUCCAGCAACUACAAGGUAGUUCUUCUGGGCAUGGACAUCCUGUCUGCAUUGGUGACUCGGUUACAGGACCGAUUCAAGGCACAGAUUGGCACAGUGCUUCCAAGUUUAAUUGAUAGACUGGGAGAUGCUAAAGACUCUGUGAGGGAGCAAGACCAGACUCUGCUGCUAAAGAUCAUGGAUCAAGCUGCUAAUCCCCAGUAUGUGUGGGACAGAAUGCUUGGAGGCUUCAAACACAAGAACUUUCGCACCCGAGAAGGCAUCUGCCUCUGCCUUAUUGCAACACUCAAUGCCUCUGGAGCCCAUACUUUAACACUAAGCAAGAUUGUGCCACAUAUAUGUAACUUACUUGGUGAUCCAAACAGCCAGGUUCGAGAUGCAGCAAUAAACAGCUUAGUGGAAAUUUACAGACAUGUAGGAGAACGCGUGAGGGCAGACCUCAGUAAGAAAGGAUUGCCGCAGUCCCGGUUGAAUGUAAUUUUUACAAAAUUUGAUGAAGUCCAAAAAUCUGGAAACAUGAUACAAUCUGCAAAUGAUAAAAAUUUUGAUGAGGAGGAUUCUGUGGAUGGUAAUCGACCUUCCUCUGCCAGUUCAGCUUCAUCCAAGGCUCCAGCAAGCUCACGGAGAAAUGUUGGAAUGGGGACUGCCCGCCGACUGGGAUCAUCCAGUCUUGGAUCCAAGUCUUCUGCUGCAAAAGAAGGAGCAGGUGCUGUUGAUGAAGAGGACUUCAUUAAAGCAUUUGAUGAUGUUCCUGUAGUACAAAUUUAUUCCAGCCGAGACCUUGAGGAAUCCAUUAACAAAAUUAGAGAAAUAUUAUCUGAUGACAAGCAUGAUUGGGAGCAAAGAGUAAAUGCUCUAAAAAAGAUUCGAUCUUUACUUUUGGCUGGUGCUGCUGACUAUGAUAACUUCUUUCAACAUUUGCGUCUCUUGGAUGGAGCCUUUAAACUCUCUGCUAAGGAUCUGCGGUCUCAGGUAGUGCGAGAGGCUUGUAUCACGUUGGGUCAUUUGUCAUCAGUCCUGGGGAACAAGUUUGACCAUGGAGCUGAAGCCAUCAUGCCAACUAUCUUUAAUUUAAUUCCAAACAGUGCCAAAAUCAUGGCCACAUCUGGUGUUGUAGCAGUUCGGUUAAUCAUUCGUCAUACACAUAUUCCUAGGCUUAUACCUGUCAUAACAAGCAACUGCACCUCUAAGUCUGUUGCAGUUAGAAGACGCUGCUUUGAAUUUUUAGAUUUACUUUUACAAGAAUGGCAGACACAUUCUUUGGAACGACACAUAUCAGUAUUAGCUGAAACAAUAAAGAAAGGAAUUCACGAUGCUGAUUCUGAAGCAAGAAUAGAAGCCAGAAAAUGUUACUGGGGUUUCCACAGUCACUUCAGCAGAGAAGCAGAACACUUAUACCAUACCUUGGAGUCCUCCUACCAGAAAGCUUUGCAGUCCCAUCUGAAGAACUCCGACAGCAUAGUGUCUUUGCCUCAAUCAGAUCGAUCAUCUUCUAGCUCUCAAGAAAGCCUGAACCGGCCGCUCACUGCAAAAAGAAGUCCUACUGGAAGUACCACAUCCAGAGCAUGUACAGUUAGUACCAAAUCUGUGUCAACAACUGGGUCUCUUCAGAGGUCUCGAAGUGAUAUUGAUGUGAAUGCAGCAGCCAGUGCCAAAUCCAAAGUCUCUGCGACUUCAGGCACUACGCCUUUCAGCUCUGCCGCGGCUUUACCUCCAGGAUCUUAUGCAUCUUUAGGUCGGAUCCGCACAAGACGCCAGAGCUCCGGGAGCACCACCAGUGUCGCCUCCACGCCUCCUGACAGUCGGGGCCGCAGUCGCGCCAAAGUGGUUUCUCAGUCCCAGCGAUCCAGAUCUGCUAAUCCUGCUGGUGCUGGUAGCCGAUCAAGUUCCCCAGGGAAACUGUUGGGAAGCGGUUACAGUGGACUUUCUGGGGGCUCCUCAAGAGGCCCACCUGUGACACCCUCUUCAGAAAAACGAAGCAAGAUUCCUAGGAGUCAGGGAUGUAGCCGAGAAACGAGUCCAAACCGAAUAGGAUUAGCACGGAGCAGCCGUAUCCCUCGACCCAGCAUGAGUCAGGGGUGCAGCCGCGAUACCAGCCGUGAGAGCAGCCGGGAUACAAGCCCUGCUCGGGGCUUCCCUCCACUUGACCGGUUUGGGCUCGGCCAGCCAGGAAGAAUACCUGGUUCUGUGAAUGCCAUGAGAGUUUUGAGCACCAGUACAGACCUUGAAGCUGCAGUUGCUGAUGCUUUGAAGAAGCCUGUGAGGAGGAGAUAUGAACCCUACGGGAUGUAUUCUGAUGAUGACGCCAACAGUGAUGCCUCGAGUGUCUGCUCUGAGCGCUCCUACGGCUCCAGGAAUGGUGGCAUUCCCCAUUACCUGCGGCAAACCGAGGAUGUGGCUGAAGUGCUCAACCACUGUGCAAGUUCUAACUGGUCAGAAAGGAAGGAAGGACUACUCGGCCUGCAGAACUUACUGAAGAGCCAAAGAACACUGAGUCGAGUAGAACUGAAAAGAUUGUGUGAGAUCUUCACGCGGAUGUUUGCUGACCCUCACAGCAAGAGAGUUUUCAGCAUGUUUUUGGAGACACUGGUUGAUUUUAUAAUAAUUCAUAAGGAUGACCUACAAGACUGGCUUUUUGUUCUUCUCACACAAUUAUUGAAGAAAAUGGGAGCAGAUUUACUUGGAUCUGUGCAAGCCAAAGUUCAGAAGGCUCUAGAUAUAACGAGGGAUUCUUUUCCAUUUGAUCAGCAAUUUAACAUUUUGAUGAGAUUUAUUGUGGAUCAAACUCAAACUCCAAAUCUUAAGGUCAAAGUUGCAAUCCUAAAAUACAUUGAAUCUCUGGCCAGGCAAAUGGAUCCGACCGAUUUUAUAAACUCUAGUGAGACAAGACUUGCUGUAUCUAGAAUCAUUACCUGGACAACAGAACCAAAGAGCUCAGAUGUGAGAAAGGCCGCACAAAUUGUGCUCAUCUCUCUCUUUGAAUUGAACACUCCUGAAUUUACAAUGCUACUUGGUGCCUUGCCAAAAACAUUCCAAGAUGGUGCCACAAAACUCUUACAUAACCACCUCAAAAAUUCUAGCAACACCAGUGUGGGCUCACCGAGCAAUACAAUUGGCCGGACUCCUUCAAGACACACCAGCAGCAGAACCAGCCCCCUGACUUCACCCACCAACUGUUCCCAUGGAGGUCUAUCUCCAAGUCGGUUAUGGGGUUGGAGUGCUGAUGGGUUAACGAAGCACCCACCUCCCUUUUCUCAGCCUAACUCAAUCCCCACCGCUCCUUCCCACAAGACUCUCAGGCGCUCUUACUCUCCCAGCAUGUUGGACUACGACACAGAGAACCUGAACUCUGAAGAAAUCUAUAGUUCUUUGCGUGGAGUUACAGAAGCCAUUGAAAAGUUUAGUUUUCGAAGCCAAGAAGAUCUGAAUGAGCCAAUUAAACGAGAUGGAAAAAAGGACUGUGAUAUUGUGUCACGCGAUGGAGGAGUUGCCUCUCCUGCCACUGAUGGCCGAGGAGGCAAUGAGGUGAUAGAGGGCAGCCGGACAGCGCUGGAUAACAAGACCUCCCUCCUCAACACUCAGCCUCCUCGGGCCUUCCCUGGGCCUCGUGCGCGAGAGUACAAUCCCUACCCCUACUCAGACACCAUCAACUCUUACGACAAGACAGCCCUCAAGGAGGCCGUGUUUGACGAUGACAUGGAGCAGCUGCGAGACGUACCGAUUGAUCAUUCUGACCUGGUGGCUGAUCUUCUGAAAGAGUUGUCUAACCACAACGAACGAGUAGAGGAGCGGAAAGGAGCAUUGCUGGAGCUACUCAAGAUUACCCGAGAGGACAACCUGGGGGUCUGGGAAGAGCACUUCAAAACUAUCCUGCUCCUUCUGCUGGAGACCCUUGGAGACAAAGAUCAUUCAAUCCGAGCUCUAGCAUUGAGAGUCUUAAGGGAAAUCCUAAGAAACCAGCCAGCAAGAUUUAAAAACUAUGCCGAACUUACAAUCAUGAAAACUCUGGAAGCUCACAAAGAUUCCCAUAAAGAGGUGGUGAGAGCUGCUGAGGAGGCUGCAUCUACAUUGGCCAGCUCCAUCCAUCCAGAGCAGUGCAUCAAAGUGCUGUGCCCCAUCAUCCAGACGGCUGACUACCCCAUCAACCUCGCCGCUAUCAAAAUGCAGACCAAAGUCGUAGAGAGGAUCACCAAGGAGUCCCUGCUGCAGCUGCUCCCCGACAUCAUCCCAGGCUUGCUGCAGGGUUAUGACAACACUGAAAGCAGUGUACGUAAGGCCAGUGUGUUUUGCUUGGUGGCUAUUUAUUCCGUAAUUGGAGAAGACCUGAAGCCUCACCUCGCACAGCUCACAGGGAGCAAGAUGAAGCUAUUAAACUUAUAUAUAAAGAGGGCCCAGACCACAAACAGCAACAGCAGCUCCUCAUCUGACGUCUCCACACACAGCUAA